GCCAUACUCUGUCUUUAAAGGCACUCUACAGUACUGCAGGUAGUUUGUUUCGCCUCUAUACGCAAAAGUUAUUUCGGUGUAAGUUUGUUUAUCAUGUGUUGGCAAGUUUUUGAAAGGGUAAACAAAAGUUUGCCGGAAUACGUGCCGGUGGAAUUCCUUUUUCCGAUGAAUAUUCUUCAAUGUAUGAAUUUAUUGUUGUAUUUCCUUAAAUCUUACAAUGGCUUUCUUCCACUCUCGGAGUAAUUUUUCUAUUCAAGAAGAACUUUAAGUGUCUCCUCGGAUCACCUUUCAAUCUCCUUAUCACUAGGUACUUUAUGUACUUUUCCUUUAUUUGUUUUAAAGUUCCAAAAAUUUUUGAAGAUGCAAGAAGUCUGCGAAAAUUUCAGAGUAGCUGUAGAGAUGGGAAGAACGGACAUUGUCAAAUCAACAUUGGAUGCAUGUCCUCUUGAUUGUCCUGAUGAAACUUCUGACAAGCCAACCAAGAGGAAACUUCUGAAUGUACCCUUCACAGAAGUUGGAACUUAUCUAGCUCUUGCAACAAAGUUGAAUCACUGCGAUGUUGUGCGAGCUUUAUUGUCUGAGGGAGCCGACCCAAGUGUCAAAAAUGAACAGGGUUUGAAUAGUUUUGAUUAUGCUAAAUCAGAAGAAAUGGUACAAGUAUACAUCAAAGAGCUACUUCAAGCCACUGGCAACUGUUUAUUAGAUCGAAUGAUGUGUGUUCUUAAUGCCGGGGUGAGUCCAAACUGUUGGGACACUCACAGUGAGCAAAACACACCACUCCACUGGGCAGCCUGCUAUGGUAGCAAGGCCACAGUUGCUUGUCUUAUAGAUGCAGGCGCUAAUGUGAACUCAAUGAAUGCAUAUGGCACAACCCCACUACACGAUGCAGUCAAUCGGGGCGAUAGGGAAAUUGUUGAAGAGCUUCUUAAACAUGGUGCAGAUCCUUUGAAGCUAGAUAAAUCUGCCACCCCAAAAUCGCCUCUCGAUAUGGCCACAGCUAGGUCUCCGCACUUACUCCCAUUGUUUCAAAAAUAUUCUGCAGAUUUAUCACCGAGUCAGCCAAAACUGUCGAACGGUGACAGCAUAGAGAAAUUAAUGCGUAGUGCCUCAUUAGACUCUUAUCCUCUGGAUAGUCUUGGAAGUAGACAGAAUGGCGAUGAAUGCAGCUCACCAGUCAGUGGCCUUUUGUUACCGCAGUUUGGUCAAGCAAUCGAUAGAGUGACCAGACAAACACCAAUCAAGCCUCUUGUAACCGAUCCUGUUUUUCACCUCCUUUGGCCUCAACCACAAAAUGUAACGGAAUUGAAAGGUGCACCAUUUUUUCCAAAGUCAGCACUCUUUGUAUCUGUCAUUCAAUCGAGGCAUCAUUCCAUUCACAGGGUUCUUGAUGUUUGGGAGCGGGCAAGGCCUGCUCUUUUGGCAUUGAAUCUGAAUGUAACAGUGAAAGACGUUCAACCGUAUUCAGGCCAGCUCACUGACGCGCAAAUUGAAUGCAUCAUCAAUCCACAUCUUUUUACCAUGUACAAUGCGUACCAAAUUCACAUCUCGCCCCUUAAGAUUACGAUCUCGUGUGAAAGCUUAUCUAGUCUGCACUAUGCUUUGAACACACUUACGCAAUUAUUCCAAAUAGCUUCCCGGCUGAACAAUGUCAUAUCCGUCUCUCCUGCCCUAAUUUACGACUAUCCAUCCAUCAAACACAGAGCAGUACUAUUAGAUAUUUCACCCUCCAGUCGAGUUCCGUCCAUGAUAUGUUCAUGUUGGACACACUCUAGGUCCAUUACUGCUUGGAGAAGAUGGAUUAAUAUCUUUAUCUGAAGUUCGCCACUUUCUAGGGGUUCCUUCCAACGUUACGUUAAUGCUUUGUGCCAACUCUUUACAAGGCUAUAGUGCCUCUGAUGAAGCUUGCUUGAAUAAUAUUAUUCUAGUUCGCUAUGGUUUUCAGGCUGAUUUUGAUUUCCUUGCUCCCACCAAAGAGUUUUUCGAAAAAGGCUGCACCAUGUGUUUUAGUCCUGGAACUUGCACGUGGAACAGUCUGGCAGGCUGUCCUGAAGCAGCAAUUUGUAAUGUUUACCGAGCAAUUCAAAGCACAGAGAUCAAUCAUACAGUUGGAAUUAUAAUUGCACAGUGGCCGGGAAAAUUUAACCUAACUCCAUACCUCUUCUCUUGGCCUGGAUUUCUGGUUGGUGCUGGUCUCAGCUGGAAUGCUAACACACACUUGGAUUUUGUCAAGAGUAGGCUAGCAGCACUGCUGGAUAUGCACAUUUUCAAUGAUGAAAGGAUGAUCAUAGGUCAGUGUAUUAUUGAACUGGGGCUCAUUGAAACAAUGGCCUUGCGUUUAUCUCGUGCUCAAGAGCAAGAUGACAUAUCUGAUCUUCCACCAAAUAUCGGCUCGUUUUUGUAUCGACUUGUCGUUGACUCAGAUAAUGUGUCUCUGGAAACACUUUCUACAGAUAAUUUUAAUAAAUUAAUGAGGCUCAUAAAAAAAGUACAAAAUGAAAUUUAUCGCUCAAAAUUGGAGUGCCUCAACGGUGAGAUGGUGAUUCAAGAACUUCUGGUGUCUGUCGAUUUGAUGUUGUGUGCUUGUAAGAUAGGCAGGGCCCUAGUAAGCAAAGGCAUCAACCCGAAUAGUAAUCUGGGAUUAGCUGUCAUCAACCUUGGAGUCUCUAACUUAUCGCCUACCCUGAGGACUGACAUUGCCAACAAGCUUCUCGCUCUGAUAGAGCAAUAUAAGGGGAUCUGGUUGCAAAGACAUGUUCCUGCUGGUCUGAAGUAUUCCCUCGGAGUUCUCUCAACAGCCCUACAACGAUUCGUACCUCAACCAGAAUUCCAAUGAAACAACAAAGUCGAUCAGUUAUGUACUUAAUCAUCUCGGCACAUUUUCAUCAUUUUAUUGCUUCCACUUUUCACCUGAUGUAUACUGAGGGGUGCGUUAUUGAAGUGCAGGUGUACCCAGAGUGUUUUUCACCGCACUUCUUGUGAUAGCUUGGUCCUAUAUGUUUAGGAUUAUGAAUCUGUGGAUUGUUCAUAACCAAGGGGUUUCCCCUAGAGGACAAGGUCAGGAUCAACUGAAUUUUGUGUUUUUAAGUGAAAAUGUGAUAAGGGUGUUGAAAUACGAUUCCAUUUUCAACCCUUUCCCUCUUUUUUUCAUUAAACUUUUAAGAGUGUUAAAAGAAAACUGUUUGGAGAGCACAGAAGCAGACAUGAUGAGAUUUUCCAAGAAAUCACUUUAAGUUAAAUAGUUCAUUAUAACUUUGCAAUCUUGACAUUGCUUAUGCAGUCGUAUUUUCAUGGUGAAUUUCGAUUGCUAAGAUGGUUCAAGAAUAAAUAUCUCCAACUGUAAGGUUGCAA